AUGAACGACGCAACGACUUCAUUGCUCACGGAGCACUUUAGCUAUACACCUCUGUCCCUGAUCGAUGAUAUCAUCAACUCCAUCAAUAACUUGAUCUACCAAGCAAUUUCAAGCUUAGAGUCUGGUCUUCUUGCGACGCCGCCGGAGCGUUUGGGUUUCGGACACGCAAACAAUGGCUCGACCAUCCCUGACACCGAUGAGGAUGGCAAUGUCGUCUAUCCUGAAGCUCGACUGGAGAUUGAAAAUGGACUGCAUCAGCUUGAGACCCUGCUCGAGGCAAAUGUGGACAAAGCUUUUGACAAGUUCGAGAUCUAUGUCUUGAGAAAUAUUCUCACUGUGCCAGAGGACUUACUUUUCUGGGUGCGCCUGAAGCAUUACGAGGGGCUCUCUUUCAAUCCAGGCCCGAACUCGCCCACACCCGAGACCAUUCUUGCGCAACGAAAGAAGCUUUUGGAAACUCGGAAACUCACGCGAUCGCUAAAAGAAGAGUCUGCGCGGAACGAAGCUGUCAUUGCUCAAUUGAAAUCAAUACUGUCCACAGUGGCAAAUGUGACUCCUGAGAACGAAGUCAAGGCACCUGCAGCAGGAAAUGCCAUCGAUUUGUCCUUCCUUACGUCCAGUCCCGCUGCCCGUCAGCUUCGCAUCGGCGUGGGCGCCGGCGUAAAUACCAAACAUGCCCCACUGACCACCAACACGACCUUUAUUCUGUCUCAAUUGCCGGCUUUGCAUGCCGCUCUCGAGAAUCUACGGCCCAAGCUAGCUAGCUUGCCUGGCUCGUCUGCAGAGAUCAGAGCCAAGUCCAAGCGGGACGAACGCAGGGAGUACAUCGAAAGCCGCAUCCGUUUACAUUUGGAACGUGCCGGCCAAUUGGCCGUAAGUGACGAUGGCAAUACGAUUGUCGCGGGCCGUCGCAUCGAUAUCUCCGAGGCCCAGGCUUUGGAGAACGUGGCAAACAUGCUCACGCAGACAAGGAAAGAAUGA